AAUGGCGCUUCACGAUAACGAAUUUGUCAAUUCCUUACACCAACAGGUUAAAGAUAUUAUUCCUGAUCCCAUUGAAAGAGAUGAGCUAUACAAUUAUUUGAAUAUAUAUAAAAGCACGGAGAAUAUUCAACAGUUGAUAAUCAAUUUGUGUAAAGUAGUAAAUUGUCCGGAAAAGCUAGAUGUUUUUAACUUGAUAAGGCCGUACGUUCUACCGCAGGAUCAAUAUGUAUACGAUCUACAAGCGCCAAUCCCCAAAUCGGGAUAUAGAAAUAUCAUUUUAAAGCGUAUAAAUAGCUCGGAUAGUUUGGGAUUUACUUUCCGCGGAGGGUUUCAAAAUAGCGUAGGCGUUUAUGUAUCAUCAGUUGCAAAAAAUUCCCAAGCCGAAGAAAAAGGUUUAAAAGCCGGUGACGAAAUUAUAAGCAUGAAUGGAUUUACAAUUAAACAAGCUGUUUAUUCCGAGAUAAUGAAGUUGGCUACUUCCUAUAAAGAAAUCUGCUUAAAAAUUAAACAUAUCGGUAUGCUGCCAGUUAAAAGACAUGCGCAAAAUCCGAUACGGUGGGAGUAUGUUGCUAGGCAGGAAAAAAGUUUAUCGAGAAAUAAUGCGUCAACAGAGGAAAUAUGUCUAUUUCUUUAUAUUCCUUUGGAUUCAUCUAUCGGUUGUAGCAUUGCUAGCGACAGGGAGGGGGAAGGAAAUGUAACUGUUCAAGGAAUUAAGGAAGGCUCAGUUGCCGAUAAGGUUGGAUUAAAGAAGGGCGAUACGAUACUAAACGUAAAUGGGACAGAUUUUGAAGGCAUAUCUCACUCUGAGGCAAUUGUUGCUAUGAAAGGCAGCAGACAUCUGAAGAUGACUAUUUGUAGAUCGUUAGAAUCAACAACUACAGGCCAAUUAGAAAGAAGUAAUGAAAUACUAUCAAUGGAACACAAAACUAGCGGAAAAAAUUCAUCAGAUGGCGCUGUGGAGACAAUAAACAGUUUUGAAAAAGAGAUCGUCACACAAAAACCUCAAUAUACUGGAGUAAAAUUCAAUGCAAAUCCACAAGAAUUACACGACUUGGAAAGAGAGGAUAUUACUGAAAAGAGGGAACAGCUUUCUAAUGAGACUCAAUUGCCUAGAAAAAAACCUGAUAGAAUAGUUAUACCGACUGAAAAUUCAAAUUAUGAAUUGUUGCCUACUUCUCCAGUUGCCAAAUCGUAUAUGAGCAAUGAGAGAGCUCCGAGUUUUAAAAUACAAAAACCAGUUUUACUCAGCCCAAUUGGAAAUCGUCAUAGCGUAAUUAAAGAAGAGGCUAGAUUCGAUUUAUCUUUAUUAACAGAUCAACUUUUCCAACCAACACGAUUGUUUACUAAUGAGGAAAUAUCAGGUCGUCACGUGAUACUCUGUAGCGUUCCAAUAACGGGCAGUUUAGGUAUGACACUAGAAGAUCGACUAGGGCACGUAAUCGUAUCGAAUAUUGUUAAUGGAGGAGUAGUUGACAAAUUGAAAAAAAUUGAUAUUGGAGAUGAGCUUUUAGGAUUCGACGAUUACAACGUUUUGAAAAUGGAAUUUGAAAAAGUUGAAAACUUAUUGGCAAACGCUUGCACCGCAAACUCUAAAGAAUAUCUAAGAUUAAUUAUAGCCAAAACCCCAUCAUCAAAUCAAUACUAUGCAGUUGAAAUGUGA